UCAUUUACCAGCUUUUCACUCUUCAUGAUCCUUCAGACAUACUUCAUUAAGAAAAGCAGCUUCUCUUUAAAAAAUAUCAAAAGGGUCCUGGGGCAGGAGUUGAUUUGACGGACAGGUCUAUUGGUCUGAGAGUAACUGUAGGCCGGCAUACAGAUCUCUGCACCGUAGAGAAAGCACUGUAGUGUCUUGUUGGCUUCUGCCCCAGGAACUACUGAAAAAACACCAUGAGUUCUUCACCUGGAGACUCUAGUCUUAUUCUACAAAACACUAAUCAGAUGUAUAUAAAGAAUUCCAGAGAUCCUCCUAAUUUUCGCACCUACCAAGUACUUAAACGGAAAAGGUCUCUUUCAAGAUCUGAAUCGUGUGAGGAGACAGAUGAAGAUUUUAUUCUGAAAAUUACUGAUUCUGGAAUAUUUUAUAAAGACUACUCUAAUAAAAUAAAAUCCUGGAAAUAUUUAAUUCAUAGAACCAAUUAUAAUUACCAAGAUUUUAAGAAAUACAAAUAUAUCAGUCUCAAAAAAGAAAAAAAUGCAAUUUUUAAUCGUUUUAUUAAUGAUCUUGGUAAAGAAACUAAGAAAAUGUUGAAAUUGAGAAAACAGCUUGCUUUUAUAUGUUUUCGAAAAAAAGAUAGAUCAUUUGACAUGAAUGAUGGGAAGGUUUAUAAGAAAUCUGAUUUAGGAAAAGAUGAGCAUACUGAAGAUAAAACGUUUGACCUACUGCUAGACAUUUAUCAUAAGGAUGAGUGUUGUUAUUCAGAAAUAUAUAUAUUUACUACGAAUAGCCCAUGUUUGGCACGACCCAACCAUUUGCCCUGCAUGAUUCAGGCUGUUUAUAUAGCAAUCAUUUUAUAUAAAAAGCAUGGCAUAAAAACAACUAUUGCGUAUCUUGAACCCUGGGGUUUCAGUGGUUCGUAUGAAAACCUUUUGCCUGAAUGCUCUAUUAAAGAUUGCAUUUAUCAUUUUGAGUCCCAGAAGCUGGGAAGCAAAGAUAUAAUUCAUAACUCACCCCAAACACCAACUAAAACAAUAGAAAUUGACAUGGCAUUAAUAAACCCAAUUUACAAACAAAUUAUUUCAGAAAUAGAAAAUCAGACAUUUCCCAUGGAAGAUAGUAAUAAAACUAAGUCCAAAAGACCACGACCAAAUCUUGACCUUACCCAGUUUUGUUUAAAAAUAUCAGAACCUAAAAAAAGAGAAACUUUUAUAAAAAAAUUAAAUGAAGUAAAAUCUGAUUUAUUUAAAAAAGAAGAUUUAGCCAAAACUUUUGGUGAUUUCAUAAGCCAUGGUUUGGAAACGUUUAAUAAAAGCAUGAAAAAGAUAUACGAUCUUUUAAUUGAAAUUGACUAUGCAAAUAUUUACGAAGAAAUCCAGGAAUAUCUGAAAAGUCUUUUCUUUCCUUGGUGGGCUGGAAAAGUGGAAGAUGCAUCCAGCAAGUUCUUAAAAAAGCAAACCAGUUACUUUCUACAAGAAAGUGCUUUUCUUCAUUCCCUCAUAGACAUAAAAGAUACAGAACAUUUUCUCGAUAUUGGUUAUGCGAUUCUAGAAAAUUUGAAUAUUUAGAAUAAAAUUUGAAUAUUUUGUAAUUGUACACAUUAUAAAAAAUAUUCUAAUUUGUCUCCUC